CGUCGCCGUGGAGCCCCGUAAAUUCCAAGUACCGUGGUAUACUGACGUUUAACGUCCAAGUGCUUCACCUCUCUCGAAUUGAUCGAAAAAUUGAGUGCAAAAAUGUUUAAAUGAUGUGAGAAUUUCCGCAAUAAUUUCAAAAUGAGCAGGAUGGUGAGAAAUGCCUGUCCAGGAGGCGGCCUGUACGUCGUGGAGGGUGAGGUCAGCCUCCUGAUGACGGCUAUGCGACGAGGAGUGAGAUGGUCAUCUCACUCGCAUCAGGAUGAGGAUCAAGAUAUUCUUAUGAAAGGAUUGUCCACCCUCAAAGAAGCACUGAGUGAUGCCAGGAGUUUAUCUCAGUUGGAACCUGGCGUGUUCCUGGCGCCUUUCCUCGAAAUCAUUCGAUCAGAGGAGACCACUGGGCCUGUCACCAGUUUGGCACUUGCUGCUGUCAACAAAAUGAUUUCAUACGGUCUUAUAGACCCCGAGCACCCAGCGAUCGGUCCCUGCGUGGAGGGAGUGGCAGACGCGGUGACCCACGCGCGGUUCGUCGGCACCGACGCCUCUGGCGACGGAGUCGUCCUGAUGCGAAUCCUCCAAGUCCUCCGGACGCUAGUGCUCUCCCCAGCGGGCGAUCACCUCUCCGACGAGAGCAUCUGCGAAAUAAUGCUCAGUUGCUUCAGAAUAUGCUUCGAAACCCGAUUGAGCGAGCUCCUCCGCAAAACCGCUGAGCACUGCCUUCGCCACAUGUGUCAGCACCUCUUCGUGCGCCUCCCCCACUUCGCGGACGACACUCGAGUCCUCCCAAACAUGAAGAAGAUGCGAGCAAAUGGCAUCGAAAAUUCUCGAUCGAAAAAUCGAAAGACGAAGAAUCAUCCGAAGCAAAAGGUCACCCCCAAUCCGGAUGAGGUCGACGAGACUGAAACGAAGGAGCUGCUGAGCCCAGUGGAUCGAGUGUGUGCAGGUCACCUAGCAACGACUCCUGUGACGCCAGCGGGAAAUAUCGUGGACAUGCAGGGGUCCCUGAACCAAAGCACCCCGGACAAACCGGAGGACGAAAAGGCCCCGAAAACCGAGGAUUCGAAGUGCGAGCCCCCCUCUGGCCAGUCAGAGUGCCCCGAGGGUGACGCCAAACCCCAGGAGCAAGUCCCUCCCCCUCCAGGAGCGGCUGAAUCCCCAGAAAAUCCGGAAACCGAGGCUCAAAAAUCAGAAAACCCCCGAAUAAAUCCCGAAAAGCCCGAAGAACCUGAUAAAUCAGAGACUACAACCGAGCCCCCACCCCAAACCGAAGGGGAAAAGAGCCCCGAAUUGGUCCAGUCCCCCACAGGAAGUGUGGAGGACCUCUCAGUCGACGACACCGCCAGCACCACCACAGGAUCCAAAGUGCCAACGAUCAAAGUAGACCCAGAACACCUCGAGGAAUACGUAAAUAAACAGGGGGUUCGUUUCACCCCCCUCCAGCAACUGUCUCCCUACGGUGCCCUCUGCAUCCGCGAGCUGUUUCGCUUCCUGGUCUCCCUCUGCAAUCCCCUGGACAAGCAGAACACAGAGGUGAUGACUCACCUUGGUCUCUCCCUCCUCCAAGUGGGCCUGGAGAUAUCGGCGGACGCUCUAGCCAACUUUCCCUCCCUCAUUUCCCUGGUGAAGGACGAGCUCUGUCGAAAUUUGAUUCUCCUGUUGAGCACUGAAAGACUCUCGAUCCUAGCAGCAGACCUUCAAGUCUCUUUUCUCCUGUUCGAGUCCCAGAGAGAACACCUGAAGUUCCAGCUGGAGCAUUACAUCCUGAAGCUGAUGGACAUCGUCAACUCUGACUCCAACAGAAUAUCCUAUGAGCAGAGAGAACUAGCCCUCGAAGCCAUCACGAGACUCUGGAGGAUCCCUGGCCUGCCAGCAGAGUUAUACCUCAAUUACGACUGUGGCCUCUACUCCAGCAAUUUGUACGAGGACCUGAUGAAGAUGCUGGCUGAGCACGCAUCCGCCCUCAUGGGCACCAUGUACAGCAUGCAAUUCAUCUCCCUAGACGCCAUAAUCCAGCUGAUCGGUGGCAUUGAGGCCCGAUGCAAGGGCUACAAAGACCUGUGCAAGCCAUCGCGUCACUCUGCCUCAGCCAAUCUCCCCUCCAGAGAGCAACUGAUGAUGACGAAAGCCAACAAGCGCUGGUUGGCCCUGGCCACCGAGAAAUUCAACGACAAUCCUCGAGAGGGUAUCGCCAAACUCAUGGAGCACGGACUGCUCGGGGACGUUCCUGGUGAGCCUGAUCCCGAAAAAAUAGCGAAACUAUUGCGAGAGAAUCCAAUGAUGGAUAAGAAGGCCAUCGGCGAGUACAUAAGUCGAAAGGAGAACAAGAACAUUCUCAACUGUUUUGUGCAGAAUUUCGAUCUGAGGGACACGCGAGUGGAUCAAGCCUUGAGGUCGUACUUGGAGUCCUUCAGACUCCCUGGGGAGGCUCCUCUGAUCUCCCUCCUCCUCGAGAAAUUCGCGGACCACUGGCACGACAGCAACGGUAGGCCAUUCGCCUCGGCCGACGCAGCCUUCACCCUGGCCUACGCUGUAAUAAUGCUGAAUGUCGAUCAGCACAACUACAACGCUAAGAGACAGAGUAAUCCUAUGACAGCGGAGCAGUUCAAGCGAAACCUGAAGAAGGUGAAUGGCAAUGCGGAUUUUGAUCAGGAUAUGCUGGACGAGAUUUACAAUUCCAUUAAAAACGAGGAGAUUGUCAUGCCAGCUGAGCAGACAGGAUUGGUGAAGGAGAACUACCUCUGGAAGGUCCUGCUGAGGAGGGGAUCAUCCCCAGAGAGUGUCUACCUGAAAGUGGGGAAUGAGGGUGAAUUUGUGGACAAAGACCUGGCAGAGAGGGCCUGGGCUCCCAUAAUCAGCGCCCUGUGUCGUGCCUACGACAAAGCGCCGGAUCGUGGACUCCAGCGUCGAGUGGCCCAGACAUUCCUCUGCUGCGCAGCCAUCAGCGCCCACUACAGCAUGAACAGUGAUCUGGACACUCUGAUUGUCUCCCUGUGUAAAUUCACCGGUCUGGCAACAGGUGGUGAGCCCGAUCAGGUUGUUCUCCACCUUGGGGGUAGUGGGAGAUGCCAGCUAGCAGCGAGAACCCUCUUCAAGAUAACGCACUCCCACGGGAAUGGGAUCAGAGCCUCCUGGAAGAACAUAAUCGACUGCAUGCAGACACUCUGCAAGGCUCGGCUGCUCCCCCAGUGUCUGACUGACGGUGAGGACUUCAUCGAUCCCUCAGGCAAGGUAUCGUUGAUCAGGGAGCCUGCCACGCCCAAGCAGCCCCCCCAGGAGCAGAGUAUUCUCUCCAGUCUGUACUCUUACAUCGCCCUGGACACCACGAGGGUCCCCCACCCAGCGGAGGCAACCACCAGAAAACGUGCGACCGACUGCAUCGCCAAUUGCAAUCUCAAGCAGAUAAUUGAGGAGUCGAAAUUCCUGGAAGUUGACUCUUUGCGAUCACUAGUCGGCGCUCUGGUGUCAGUCAACUCCCACGACGAGGACAUCUCCGUAUUUCUCCUGGAGCUUCUCCUCGAGGUGACGAUUCAGAAUCGCGACAGAGUGAUGAGCAUCUGGUCGAUUGUCCUCGCCCACAUGGACGGAUUGCUGACCACAGCUGCCAGGGAGAACCACCCCUACCUCCUGGAGCGAGUGACAGUGGGAAUGUUGAGGCUGGCAAUUAGAUUACUCCGCAGUGAGGAGUUUGCGUACACAGUGUUGCCCCCACUGAUGCCACUGACGCACCUCCAGUCAGCCACGACGACACCUCUAGCCAGGCAAAUAGCAUUUGGCCUCUUCGAGCUGCUGAAGACAGGUGCAGCCAAUAUUCACACGUCUGACGACUGGAGGGUGGUGUUCAGCCUGCUGGAGUGCUCGGGAGCUGGUGCCCUGGCCCCCAAACAGCAGGGGAACACUGUACUCGAGGAGACGUCAUCGAGAACGUCUGUCCUGGACCAGAGGCCGAUAUCCCCAGUGCCUGAGUGGGUGUUGGUAUCGCCAACAGGCACCGAGGCCCCACUACCAGUGGCAGCAGACACCAUUGUCCUCGACAGGGAUCUCCUCCCUCACGAUGCAGCAGCCCUCGUCAAGUGCUGCGAGAGCCUGACAUUCCUGGUUCGCGAUGUUGCCCACGUGACCCCAUUCAACUUUGAGCUGUGCAUAAGGUGCAUCAGAACACUGGCUGAGGCUGUCCUGCAGGCCCCAACCAAGAGGGCCAGGUUGUCCCAGGGGGCGAUGGAGACACCGGGCUAUCAGGAGUGUCCGAUUCAGUUGUUGGAGCUCAUGCACACCCUGCACACGAGAACGGCGCAGGUGUUCAGGUGGUGGGCAGAGGAGAAUGGAAGUACUGAGACCAUUUCACUGUGGCCACACGCCUGGAGGCCUCUUCUCCAGGGGAUAGCCAGGCUCUGCUGCGACUCUCGGAGGCCUGUGCGAGCAGCUGCCAUUACGUACCUCCAGAGUACACUUUUAGCCCACGACCUGAGCCAAUUGUCAGCUGUCGAGUGGUCCCAGUGCCUCGAGCAAGUUCUUUUUCCACUUCUUGCUCAGUUGCUGGGGCCCAUCUGUGGGAAUGAUCCUGUUGGGGUCGAGGAGACCAGGAUUCGCGCUGCUAUGCUGCUGUCCAAAGUCUUUCUGCAUCAUCUGACUCCUCUGCUGACACUGCCCGGGUUCUUGCCCCUUUGGCUCACCGUUUUGGAUCUCAUGAGGGCCUUCAUGCAUGCUGAUAACAGCGAGCUGCUGUUUGAGGCCAUUCCUGAAAGCCUGAAGAAUAUGCUGCUUGUUAUGUCUAGUACUGGGGUGCUGACGUCGUCUUCCAAUCUCUGGGAGCCAACGUGGAGGACCAUCAAUGGGUUUCUGCCUAAUUUGAAGGGGGAACUGUUCCCGGAUCCACCGAGGCUCGAGGAGGCAGAGAAAAUUGGGUCGCAGUCCCCUGUUUUGAGUCUUGUGAGGGUUUCUGAGGCUGAGGGCAUUCCAGUGCUCAUUCCUGGAAUGGGGGAGGCUGGAGCCUCGGGGGUGUAUCCAGGAUUGCGAGAGGGCGAGCCUCAGGGAGGGGUGAGGGAAGGGGUGGGGAGGGCUGGGGAUGCCUCGGGGAUUUCUGUGGCUGCUUCUGCCAUCGGGGAGGAUGGGGUACUUCUGAGUCGGUCACCAACGCAUUCGGGGGUGCAGCAGCUGGGGGGGCAGCAGGAGAAAGUCGGCGGUGAGGAGAAGGUUGGGGUAUGUGAGGCGGAUCGACCUCUGGGGCAACCACCACAGGUGGAGGCUAGUCAUGUAGGAAAAUUCGAGGAUGUUGGCAGGGGGGAGUAUCCUGGAGGGGAGGGCAGGGAGCAGCAGGUGAUCAAUCUGCUCAGCCAACCACCUCCCAGCGUGUCCAGCCCUGUGGCUGUGCAACCCACCUCACAGGGGUACGAAUUUUAUCGGACCAGUGUUGGGGUCAGUGAGCAGGAGCUCGCUGGGAGGUAUCACGAUGUUACCCAUGAAAUUAAGGAGGAGGCGGGGGACUUCAGGCGCGACGGGAGCCCCAGCAAACAUCCAAGUCAAAUGAAUUCAUCAUCAGUAGCAACAACAAUGUUCAACUCAGCAGCAUAUUUCGCCGACGAUCCAGCUGCCGAUCGUCUCUUCGCCGUAACCAACCCUUGACGGCUGUACAUUUAUUAUGUAUAUUGUAACAUAUAAUUAUAUCCAUCAUCGCUGUGUAUCGACGCAGUCCAAAUUUUUUUUAAUGAUUGGUGUCCAUCAAAGAAAGGAGUUGUUGUGAGGAAUUUUUAGAAGUGGAGAAUGAAAAAUGCGGUGAAGUGCGUAGAUUCCUCUGAAUUGUAUAUUCGGCACAUAAAUAUAUAUAUAAUAAUAUAUAAUACAACAACCAAA